AUGUCCAAUAUCGUGCAGAACGUCAAAUCCAAGCUCUCUGGAUCCCACUCAAGCGGUGACCAAAAUACUACCCAGCCUACUGCUCAAAAUAACGAAGUGAAAGGCAACGCUGGGAAGGAGUCGAGCGAGCCUACAUUCUCUAUCCUUCCUCAUCCUGCUAAAACAAACGAUCCUGCUGAUCUACAGCCCCCUGGUGGGCUCCGUCAUAACGGCCCUAUGGAUGCAUUCAACACUCCAGGACCAUUCAUCCCUAAAGAAGACAUGAAGAACAACCUGCCCGCACCUCUAAGCCGGGAAGAGCUACAUGCAAAACAGGCUUCGCUUCGCGCUGAGGAAGCACCAGGACAUGGUACCCAGCAAGGAAAUAUACUCUAG